UAUCGAAUAUAUUGUCAUGCGCGUGAAAACCCACGUUCUACACGCGAUUAAUUCUUCGUAUCUGUACUUUACGGGGAAAAACCUUACAUUUAUCAAGGUUAUUUUGUCACGCAGUUGAGAAUCGAACUAGUACGAUAAUAUGUGUUUGAAUUAAGGUUAAAAAGGUGGUGGUCUCUUUGUGGAACAAAUUGUAUAUUUCAGGAUUUAUUUGUUUCUUCUAUUUAUGCAUUUAAAAAUGCGGGAAUAUAAAAAUUUCGCAGCGAUGAAAGGAAUAUUUGAUGAUCUUCAAGAUUACGGUACUUGUGGAAAUGAUCCAAUGUUCAUUAGCUCUACUAAUGCAUUAAGUCUUUAUAAUAAUCAUAUAGAUUCAAACGUAAAUUUUAAUAUUGAAUCACCUAUGUCUACUAUUUCAUCAUCAUCAUCACAUAUGCCUACAUAUAUGUCAUUAGAUGAUUAUACCGGUGAAGCACAUCUUAUCAUAACAGAGCAACCAGUAGAAAAAUUUAGAUUUCGUUAUAAAUCUGAAAUGAUCGGAACGCAUGGAAGUUUAGUUGCAGCAAGUAAUACGACUGCUCAUAAAAAAUGUGCUCCUACUGUCCAAUUAAGAAAUUUUCAAGAUAAAGCAAUAAUUCGCUGUACAUUGGUUACAUCGGAUGAUAGAAAAAAAAGACUUCCACAUGCUCAUCAUCUAGUCAGAAGGACAGGACAUAAAGAUCAAGAUGAUCCUCAUGAGAUAGAAGUUUCUCAAGAAAAUGGAUUUACUGCUGCAUUUCAUGGAAUGGGUAUAAUACAUACUGCAAAAAAACAUAUCAAGGAUGAACUUGUACGAAAACUUCAGUUUGAAUUACUGGAAGAACGUAAAAGAAAAAAUAUUAAUGCAAUUCUUUCAACACGUGAUGAAGUACAGAUUAAAGCUGAUGCAGAUAUUUACCAAAAAUCAAUAAAUCUUAAUAGUGUGUCUCUGUGUUUUCAAGCUUUUAUUAAGGAUAGAAAUAAUAUUAUGAUUCCAUUUACAGAACCUGUUUAUUCUAAUCCGAUUAAUAAUCUUAAAAGUGCUCUUACUGGGGAAUUGAAAAUCUGCAGAAUAGAUAAAUUUACAAGUUCUUGUGAAGGUGGAGAAGAAGUAUUUAUAUUAGUAGAAAAAGUUGGAAAAAAAAAUAUAAAAAUAAAAUUUUUUGAAUUAAAUGAAGAUGAUAUUGAAAUCUGGUCUGAUUAUGGUCGCUUUUCUGAGUUGGAUGUACAUCAUCAAUAUGCUAUUGUAUUCCGCACUCCACCAUAUAAAGAUAUAAAUAUUACCUCUUCAAAAGAAGUUUUUAUACAGUUAGAACGACCAAGUGACCAUGAUUGCUCAGAACCUAUUAAAUUUACAUAUAAGCCAAGUGACAAAAUAUUAGGUAGAAAAAGACCACGUACAUCUUGUUCAAAUAGUAUUGAAUUGGCACAAUCGUUAUCUACUAUGCAAAACAAUGAUUCAUUUACAAAAUUGAAUGAUAGCCAAGAAUUAAAAGAUAUAUUACUAGAAGGAUGCUCAUCUGCGGAAUAUCGUAAUUUUCUACAAGGCGUAGAUCUGGAUAUAUAUAUGCGUCUAUUAAAUAAUAGUGAAGAAGAAGGACUCACAUGGGAUGGUCCGUCUACAAAAAAAUUGGAUGAUGAUAUCAUAUUUGCCAAGAAUAUUGUAUUUGAAGCCAUUAAUAUCGUUCAAAAGGAAAUAAAUGAUAAAAAUGGAGAAAUUAGUCCUAAUAAAAAAAAACAAUUAAAAAAGUUACUUAUGGAUAGAUCAACUUAUGGCGAUUCACCAUUGCAUGUAGCUUUACGUUAUGGUCAACGCGAUCUCGUAAAAUACAUUUUGAUACUUAUGGGAACUGAUCCAGAAUAUCAAAUACUUGUAAAUAUACAAAACAGUUCAGGAAAAACACCGUUGCAUUACGCUGUUCUACAAAAUCAGCCAAUCGUUAUAAAAACAUUAUUAACACUUGGAGCAGAUCCAAGUAUAUGUGAUGACCAUGGUUUCUCUCCAUUACAUACUGCUGUAAGAAUACCUAAUGCUGGAGCAUGUGUAGAUACUUUAUUAUCCAAUAAACUAAUUGAUAUUGAAAGUUACAAUGAUCUUGGAUGGACAUCUUUACAACUUGCUGCAGAAGCAGGUUCAUAUGAUGCUGUAUGCUCUCUCGUUCGAGCAGGAGCUAAUGUAAAUAAUACGGAUAAAUCGUACGGCCGUACUGUAUUACAUAUAGCAGUUGAAGGAGGUCAUAAAGAAAUAGUUGAAUUUUUAUUGAGAAAUAGUGAUAUUGAUAUAAACAAAAGCAAUUUUAGCGGAAAUACAGCAUUACAUACUGCAGUAGCAUAUUCUGGAACAAGAGCAAAAGAAUUAUGUAAAUUAUUAAUGGAAUAUGGAGCAGAUCCACAUAUCCAAAAUAAUAGCAGUUCAAGCUUAGAUGAUAUGGAACAAGAAAUAAAUGAAGUUAACAUAAAAGUUGAAGUAGAAUCCGAAGAAGAAAAUAUAGAUGAAACUGUUGGACAGUCAUCCUUUGAUUUAGCCACUAAUAAGCCAGAAAUUUUGCAACUUCUAAUGGGACAUGAUAGCAAUACACAAGAAGAAAAUAAAUUAAUCUCAUCUAUAAAAGAAGAAAUAUUAAAUGAGGAUACAAAAAAUAAUUGGUUGAACAAUGAAAAUAAACAGAAAUUAGCUGCAAUUUUGGAUAAAACAAAAGGCUGGGAAAAAUUAGCUAAACAUUUAAAUCUUGAAUUUCUUUUACAAUCAUUGUGCCAAGACUCAUUAAGUCCAUCUUUAUUACUUUUAAAUUAUAUAGAUGUACAGGGUGACAUUACACUUACACAGAUGCACGAUUCGUUAAAUGAAAUCAAAGAAGUUGAAGCAGCACUAUUUAUCAUCGACUUUGUGAGGCAUCAAUAAAGAGAACAGAAAUAUUUAUUCAUAUUAUUUAUAUGAUAAAAUUGUAUAAUGUACACCAUGAUACUAUACUUAUUAAUUUCUUGGCAACAUAGAUAUAUUUUUAUGAAUGAUUUACAGUAAUGAUAUAAUGUAAAUUUUGAAUCAUGUAAAAGACUAGUAUAUUAAUAAUUGUAUUUAUAUAUAAAUUUAUUUUGUCUUGUAUAACUAUUUAUAGAUGUAUUUUCAUAUUAUUCUCUUUGAAUAAGUACGAUUUGAAAUAUAUUUAAAUAUUCUAUCAAA